GGCAUUUCGAAACCAAAACAAAAUAGAGCGCGUGUCCUUCCCACCAAAUAUUUUGGCCAGCCUGGCGAUCCGAGGCUUUCCCAAUUAACCAAUCAGAACGCUCCGUCUCCGCCGACUCACCUGCUCUGCUUCGCUAUAUAAUGCACACCUCUCCCUACUGUCACUCUCACAAUCCUCCGAUACGAUUCACUUCCAAAUCUCAAACCGAUUCUUCGUCUUCUUUCAAGUUUUAAAAAAAUGAGUUCUCAGGGUAGCGGCCGGGGCAAGCCCAAGUCAACCAAGUCGGUUUCUCGAUCAUCGAAAGCCGGUCUUCAGUUCCCCGUUGGUAGAAUCGCUCGUUUCCUCAAGGCCGGUAAAUACGCCGAACGUGUUGGUGCCGGUGCUCCGGUCUACCUCUCCGCCGUUCUUGAAUACCUCGCUGCUGAGGUGCUUGAACUUGCUGGAAAUGCGGCGAGGGACAACAAGAAGAAUAGGAUUAUGCCAAGGCACAUCCAGCUUGCCGUCAGGAACGAUGAGGAAUUGAGCAAGCUUUUGGGUGCGGUUACUAUUGCUAAUGGUGGUGUGUUACCCAACAUUCAUCAAAAUCUAUUGCCUAAAAAGGCCGGCGGAGGGAAAGGAGACAUCGGCUCUGCGUCUCAAGAGUUUUAGGGGUUUUUCUUUCGAUUUAUUUGUUCAGUAUUUGGCAUCUAGAAGAAAAUUGGGGUUUGCCUCAUCAACUAGUUACUGCUGCUAUGGUUUUGUAAAACCCUAAUCAUGGGAAUUUUGACUUCAUACAUACAAGUCUUCAUAAAUGAUGAUCGAGGACCCCUUUUGCCCAUUUUCUAUUUUUACUGUUAAUUUACGGUUUAUUGUUGUGCUGUGCUGUUUGAUUUUGGCAGAGAUAUGGCAUACGUGUGAAUGAUUCACUUAGACAGUCUAUGUUGUUUAUGAGGAUUUGUUGUGUGUGAUGUUGGUUUACCUCAUUAACAAUUGCUCCUCAUUUUUGUAGUUUCUGUGGGUAGUUGUUCCAGGUGUGUGGGUAGCUUCGGUUCUUAAACUUAUUCCAGUGUUUUUGAACCAAAUUGUAGAGAUACAAUCCCACAAAAAUCCUUCUACUCUGUGAUUCCAGUUGAUUAAUCAUCCAACUGAUGAUGUAUCUGUUUUAUUUGAGUUAGUUUAUCAUUGAUUAGUGCUACAAUCUUUUAUCUUUUACUUGUGGUCUGAAGUUGGUUUGCAUGGUAGCUCACCUGUGAAGAAGAUUUGUUCUUCAUAUUAGUUAACAUUGAUAGAUUUAACAAGACAAUGAGGUCCUGUUGCCUAAUUUCCCCUAAUGACCUGAUAGAUAGAGGUAGCCUCUGGAGCUUUAUCUGUAGCGUCGUGAACCAAAAUUCUGGAAUUAUCUGUAGCGUCGGCACUGUUGUGCUAAAUUCUACGAGUAAGAGCAGUAAAGUAUUACAAAGCGGAAAAGAAAGCUGUUUUCAUCAG